CGAGUCGAGUGUCAUUAAAUUAAUUAAAGAGUAUAAAAAAUAAACAAAAUCACUCCUCCCCCCAAAUUCAGAGCUCAUAUUUUUCUCUCGAACCUAAGAGUCCUCCGCCACUAACCGAUUAAAUUUGUCGUAAGUAAUCCAUCUUUAGCUUUGAAGCUCCAAAAGAAAUGGUGAAGGUACGAAUGAACACGGCCGAUGUGGCCGCCGAGGUCAAGUGCAUGCGCCGACUAAUCGGCAUGCGGUGUUCCAAUGUCUAUGACCUCUCCCCCAAGACGUAUGUGUUUAAGCUGAUGAAUAGCAGUGGAGUAACAGAAUCAGGGGAGAGUGAGAAGGUGUUGUUGUUGAUGGAAAGCGGAGUCAGAUUGCAUACCACUGCUUAUCUUAGGGACAAAAGCAAUACGCCAUCAGGAUUUACGCUAAAAUUGAGGAAGCAUAUAAGGACCAGGAGGCUUGAGGAUGUACGGCAACUUGGUUAUGAUAGGAUUGUUCUAUUCCAAUUUGGACUUGGUGCCAAUGCGCACUAUGUAAUAUUGGAACUCUAUGCCCAAGGAAAUAUUCUCCUUACAGAUUCUCAGUUCAUGGUCAUGACACUUCUGCGAUCACACAGAGAUGAUGAUAAAGGUUUAGCAAUCAUGUCGCGCCAUCGCUAUCCGGUUGAAGUAUGUCGAAUUUUUGAACGGACUAGCACUGAAAAGCUGCAGGCAGCCCUAACACGUUCAAUGGAACCUGCUGGAACUGAAUCUGUGGAUGGGAGUGAACAGGUAAACAAUGCUUCUGAUGUAUGCCAAGGGAUAGAGAGUGACCGCAAAAUGGCAAAUUGUAGGGAGUCUAACAAAAAGGUUAAUGAUGGAGCUCGUUCCAAGCAUCCUACCUUAAAGGUUGUUCUUGGCGAGGCUUUGGGCUAUGGACCAGCAUUGUUGGAACAUAUUAUUCUAGACGCUGGUCUUAUACCGAAUACAAAAGUUGCUAAGAAUUUCAAAUUAGAAGAUGAUACUCUACAGCUGGUGGUGGGUGCUGUUUCCAAGUUUGAAGAUUGGCUAGAGGACAUUAUAUCAGGUGAUAAAAUCCCUGAAGGUUUCAUAUUGAUGCAGCAAAAGAAUACGGGGAAGAGGGACGUCACCUUUUCAACUACUGGAAGUUCUGGACAGAUCUACGAUGAAUUCUGCCCUUUGUUGCUGAACCAAUUCAAGUUGAGGGAUUGCAAAAGUUUUGAGACCUUUGAUGCUGCAUUAGAUGAAUUCUACAGUAAAAUAGAAAGUCAGCGUGUUGAACAACAGCAAAAAGCUAAAGAGAGCUCUGCAAUGCAGAAGCUGACCAAGAUCCGUAAUGAUCAGGAAAAUCGGGUACUUUCAUUGAAGAAAGAAGUUGAACAUUGCAUUAAAAUGGCAGAGCUUAUAGAAUAUAACUUGGAAGAUGUUGAUGCAGCCAUAUUAGCUGUCCGUGUUGCUCUUGCAAAUGGUAUGAGUUGGGAGGAUCUGGCUCACAUGGUGAAAGAGGAGAAAAAAUCUGGAAACCCUGUAGCCAGCGUCAUUGAUAAGCUCCAUCUAGAAAGAAAUUGCAUGACAUUGCUGCUCAGUAACAAUCUUGAUGAAAUGGAUGAUGAUGAAAAGACACAACCUGUGGACAAGGUAGAAGUUGAUCUGGCACUCUCAGCCCAUGCAAAUGCUCGGAGGUGGUAUGAUAUGAAGAAGAGGCAAGAGAGCAAACAGGAAAAAACUGUAACUGCUCAUGAAAAAGCUUUUAAGGCUGCUGAGAGAAAGACUCGCCUUCAGCUUUCUCAGGAAAAAACUGUUGCAGCAAUUACACAUAUGCGCAAGGUUCACUGGUUUGAGAAGUUUAAUUGGUUCAUUAGCAGUGAAAAUUAUCUUAUUAUUAGUGGGCGGGAUGCCCAACAAAAUGAGUUGAUAGUAAAGCGCUACAUGUCUAAAGGAGACCUGUAUGUACAUGCGGAUCUUCACGGAGCUUCCAGUACUGUGAUCAAGAACCACAAGCCUGAAUAUCCUGUACCCCCGCUCACUUUGAACCAAGCAGGAUGUUUCACCGUUUGCCACAGCCAAGCAUGGGACUCAAAGAUAGUUACAAGUGCUUGGUGGGUCUAUCCUCACCAGGUCAGUAAAACUGCUCCUACUGGGGAAUAUCUGACAGCUGGAAGUUUCAUGAUCCGUGGAAAGAAGAAUUUUCUUCCUCCUCACCCUCUCAUUAUGGGCUUUGGAGUGUUAUUUCGCUUAGAUGAAAGUUCUUUGGGGGCUCACUUAAAUGAAAGGAGAGUAAGAGGUGAAGAAGAAGAGAUAAAUGACGUUGAACAAAGCGAGUCUUUUGGAGAAAUCUCUGAAUCCGAGUCAGAGAAAGCAGUCUCUGAUGAAAAGCUUGCUUCCAAAUUGCAGAGCAUUCCGGUUUCAUCAGAAGACAAAUUAAUGCUAGUGGACAUACCUUCUGCAGCUAACUCUAGUGAUGGGAUUAAUGUAUUGGGUGAUCAUGCUGAUAGCAAUUUGCAUAACAAUUUUCUUAAUAAUAAUGAUGCUGUAUCUGUAUCUGCCGAGAAUUCCUUUCCUUCUGUCUCACCGCAGCUGGAGGAUCUUAUUGAUAGAGCUCUUGAGCUUGGAUCUGCAAAAAUUUAUGGUGGUACUCAAACUACUUCUGUGGAAUCAGUGGAUGAGCAUGAUCAUAAAGCAACAGAAGCAACAGGGAGAGACAAACCAUAUAUAUCUAAAGCACAAAGAAAGAUACUCAAGAAAGGACAAAAAGAUACUAUUGGUACAACCAUAAAUAAUGGAAAAGGAGAGGCUGAGGGAAAUCAUAAUUCUGCAAGACAACUUGAGAAAAAUGUUGAAACUUCAAAGAUCAGUGGUGGAAAGAUCAGCCGAGGGCAGAGGAGUAAGCUUAAGAAGAUGAAGGAAAAGUAUGCCGACCAGGAUGAGGAGGAGCGGAGCAUCAGAAUGGCUUUAUUGGCCGCUUCUGGGAAGGUGCACAAAAAUAAUGAAGUUGUACAUGAUAAAGAGACCACAAUGAGUACUGAAGAAAUACCUGUUACUGGUUUUGAAAAUGCUCCAAGGGUGUGUUUUAAAUGUAAAAAGCCAGGUCAUUUAUCCCGGGACUGUCGUGAAUACCCUGAUGGUGUACAGAGUACUCCAGAUGGUUUGGAGGAAAAGUCUCGUGCGAAUUUGAACUAUGCUGCUAACACUGUGGACAGGAUAACGAUGGAGGAAGAUGAUAUUCAUGAAAUAGGGGAAGAAGAGAAAGGGAAACUAAUUGAUGUGGACUACUUGACUGGAAAUCCAAUGCCAAAUGAUGUUCUGUUGUAUGCUGUUCCUGUCUGUGGUCCAUAUAGUGCUCUGCAGUCGUACAAAUAUCGUGUGAAGUUGGUUCCUGGACCAGUAAAGAAAGGAAAAGCUGCAAAAACAGCCAUGAAUUUGUUUAGUCACAUGCCUGAGGCAAUAAACAGAGAGAAGGAAUUGAUGAAGGCAUGCACAGAACCUGAGCUUGUUGCUGCAAUCAUUGGUAACGUAAAAGUGACAGCUGCAGGGCUAACUCAAAUGCAGCAGAAGCAAAAGAAAAGCAAGAAAUCUAGCAAAGCACAAAGUUAGGUUUGUAUGAUAUUUUGCCCAAAUUAGUCUCAAGUCUUCCUGUCAAUAUUGUAGGACACCACUUUGCUUUGUCAACCCUUGGCUGCUCCUCGUGGCAAUGUAAGAGGUAUAAAUUGAGCUUGAUGAGUAUCCGCAAAAGAUCCGUUUGGCGAAUGUUUAUUUGUCUCCGUGAACUCUUCAAUAUGCUCUUGCUACAUUUUAUUAUUUCGGAACUGAAGCUUGCCAAAUGAUUUGAACUGAUGGAGAAUUUUAUUUUCCAUCAACCUAUACAUCUGUAUUUUCUUUC